AUGACUUAUUUGUAUAACCUUUCUUGCUUUGUUAAGGUGGAAGACACUGUGGUGAAAAUUAUUUUCAUUGAUGAAGGAAUUACGGCAUGGGUAGCUAAAGAAUGUUUAGCCCGUAUGCCAACGGAUCUGGCCUACCAUCCAUGGCAAGCUAUCAAAGUGUCUUUGUGCGGCAUUGAUAUGCGACAGCCUUUACGACGAAAUGGACAGCCGAUGUUGGCUUGGCAUAAGGAGGAGUGUGCGAUAUUUCGUCAAAUUUUGAGCGCAUUCCCUUUAGUGAAAACGCGCACCGUGAAGUCUUCUCUUGUCCACAAUGAUUAUAGGAAAGCUGUACAGGUAGAGCUGUAUGGAAUCCCGGAUGGCCACGCAAACACAUCCUCUGAAGUUGGUGUAUCUAUUGCUGCGCUCUUCUCAGCGAAACUCAGGGGCCAUCUUCGAAUUCGUCGAGUGUUCAACGCAGCAGAGUUCACGCCAGCUUUGAAUCUCGAAGAGCAGGCUAUCGCUCCACAAUUGGGGCAAAUUCCCCCUUUUCAGAGGGAUUUUCCAGCUAAUUGGAAGCGAGUGUCCAUCGCAAAUGACCAGGCAUCAAUAAAUGAUAAAAUGAUGGAGUGGCGAGAUUGGACACCUCAGAAAGCGCGGAUACCACCGCUUGAAGUAGAUUGGUACCGAACGAUUAGUCAGGAGUACUUAAUCAACAUUGAGGGCUCACAGACGCAAUCUCCUUACGAGUUCUAUGCGCGGCCUAUUUGUAGAAAGCGUGUAAGGGUAGCUCAUAUCGAUGCUAGCGACGAGGACCAGCUUCAGUCCGAAACAGAGGCUAUGCUCAAUGCACAUGAUGAAUUGCGUAAAAAGGCUACAGUUUUGGACGCAUUCUACUCACUCAAGGACAAUCGAAGCCCUCUGGAGAGCGAUCAGUGGUGA